AGAGCAUCCUUCGGGGGUUUAUUUUGGUUGGGCUGGAUUAUCAUCCAGGGGUGUUUUUAAAAUGGUCAUGAACAUUGGUUGGAAUCCAUAUUUUGACAACAAAGAAAAGACUAUAGAGCCUUGGAUACUUCACAAGUUUGAUGAGGAUUUCUAUGGGGAAGAACUUCGGCUCAUUAUAGUUGGUUACAUUCGUCCCGAGGCCAAUUUUCCAUCCCUUGAAAGCUUAAUAGCUAAGAUUCAUGAAGACGGUGAAAUUGCUGAGAAGGCUCUUGAACUUCCCUUGUGCUGGGAUGCUGAUCAUGCUUUUAUCGAAUUAACACUAUAAUUGAGAAUGCGUUAUUAAUGAAUUUUUCCAAAAGAAUAUCUUAAGUGGUGUUUUCUUCUUUCUUGAUAUCACUUAAGCAAAGUUUUAAUCUUGUGUCAUUAAAUCAUGUAUGUUUAUGUAGGGGUCUGCUCAAGA